CAACCAAGUGUGAGGCCGCUCUCUGCAGGCCGCCUGUCCCCCCGCCCCCACUCCCGUGGGCUCCAGCUCACUGGUCCGCCUUCUGGGUUCCGAGUCCCAGCGGCUCAAGCCGGAGCCUCGCCCCCCCAGGGCACCCUUCCUUUAUGACUUCACCCACUGAAGUCACCGGACAAUGCUGAACGUUCUACCCCAGAGCUGGGGCCUCCAGGAGGCAGGGACAGCCGCCCGGCCAGCCCAGAGGACUCUCCCGUAGACGGGGACACCGCUGGCCCAUGUCUCACGGGGGUGGAGGGCAGCUUCAGAGGCACGGGGUGCUCCUGGCACCAUGGAUGAUGCCGCCGUCCUCAAGCGACGAGGCUACAUCCUGGGGAUAAAUUUGGGAGAGGGCUCCUACGCAAAAGUCAAAUCCGCGUACUCCGAGCGCCUCAAGUUCAACGUGGCGGUCAAGAUCAUCGACCGCAAGAGAGCCCCCACCGACUUCCUGGAGAAGUUCCUUCCCCGGGAAAUCGAGAUCCUGAUCAUGCUCAACCACCGCUCCAUCGUCAAGACCUACGAGAUCUUCGAGACGUCAGAGGGCAAGGUCUACAUCAUCAUGGAGCUCGGGGUCCAGGGCGACCUCCUCGACUUCAUCAAAAGCCGGGGAGCCCUGCGCGAAGACGAUGCUCGCAAGAAGUUCCACCAGCUCUCCUUGGCCAUCAAGUACUGCCACGACCUGGACAUCGUCCACCGAGACCUCAAGUGCGAGAACCUGCUCCUCGACAAGGACUUCAACAUCAAGCUGUCCGACUUCGGCUUCUCCAAGCGCUGCCUGCGGGACGAGAGCGGCCUGCUGAUCCUGAGCAAGACCUUCUGCGGGUCGGCGGCCUACGCGGCCCCCGAGGUCCUGCAGGGCAUCCCCUACCAGCCCAAGGUCUACGACAUCUGGAGCCUGGGCGUGAUCCUCUACAUCAUGGUCUGCGGCUCCAUGCCCUACGACGACUCCAACAUCAAGAAGAUGCUGCGCAUCCAGAAGGAGCACCGCGUCAACUUCCCGCGCUCCAAGCACCUGACGAACGAGUGCAAGGACCUCAUCUACCGCAUGCUGCAGCCCGACGUCAACCGGCGGCUGCACAUCGAGGAGAUCCUCAGCCACACCUGGGUGCAGCCCAAGCCCCGGGGCCUCAGCAAGGAGGGGGUGGGCCUCCUGGGCACUGAGCCCCCGCAGGUCCCGGAGCCCUCUCGGACCCCGGAGGCCUCGAUGACUACCGAGCACUCGCGGACCCCGGAGGCCUCGAUGACUACCCAGCGCUCGCGGACCCCUGAGCCCUCGCAGACUACCAGGCACUCGCGGACCCCUGAGGCCCCGCAGACUCCCGAGGUCUCUCGGACGACCGAGCCCAGCUCUGACAAGAAGUCUAUCUCCCACCAGGAGCCCCAGGAGGAGGCACAGCCUGAGGUGAUGCCAGAGUCAAAGCCCCAGGAGGAGAUGGAGCAAGGGCCGGUCUCCAGGCAGCUGGAGAGCACGAGCCUCAUCGCCCCAACAGGGCAGCGGAGCAGGGAGACAGUGGAAGGGCGCUCUCCAAAGCCCCCGCAGACCCAGUGAGCCUCUCACCGGGCCCAGGGGCUGGCAGGGAAGGAGGCGGAGACGCAGCUUUGAGCCUGGGCUCCAGACAGGUGAGACCCAAGAGGCGAAGGCCAACCCCCAGAUGAGCCACUAUUUUUUUCAAUUUCCCCCCUCCCUUUGAACAUGCUAUU